AAAGGUUAAACUUGUCAAGGCGGAAGUUGUUGGCUUCUUCUGCCAUCCUAGCAAAUCCUUGUAGCCUUUAGCAUGCUAGCAGGCUAGUCGUACUGUCUUCGUUGUUGUCAUUAUAAAGUAAAGGUAUGAUACGCUCCGGAGUAUACCAGAGAUGAGGUCGAAACGUCUAAGGAAGUUGCUUUUAAGAGCUUGCCUCUAAUAUAGAUGACAAGCGCUUGGUAAAGAAAAACCGGAAGUGCCAUUGAAGCCUCCAGGUGAAGACACAAUGAGCGCCAAAUAUGGCCUGGUGGGCUACAAUAGUUCCCGGAAGCACAUUUCAAUCUCCAUCCCGUCCUCCACAGAGGUGAUGUCCCCACACAUAAAGUCUGUGGAGGAAUUAAGGGUUUUAGGAAUCAACCUGAGCAGCUUCAGUGCACCAGUGCAGUUCUUUAUCUGUGUGGCUGGAGUUUUCCUCUUUUACCUCAUCUAUGGGUAUUUGCAGGAAUUAAUAUUUUCUGUGGAAGGCUUCAAACCUUUUGGCUGGUAUCUCACUUUGGUCCAAUUCGGCUUCUAUUCAACGUUUGGACUGAUUGAGCUUCAGCUUACACAAGACAAACGCAGAAGGAUUCCAGGGAAGACCUAUAUGAUUAUAGCAUUUCUUACAGUGGGCACUAUGGGCCUAUCCAAUACCUCUUUAGGCUACUUGAACUACCCCACACAGGUCAUCUUCAAGUGCUGCAAACUCAUCCCUGUCAUGAUUGGGGGAAUCUUUAUCCAAGGGAAACGUUAUAACUUUGCUGACGUAGCAGCGGCUGUUUGCAUGAGUCUGGGACUCAUCUGGUUUACGCUGGCUGACAGCACAGUGGCACCCAACUUCCAUCUCACAGGUGUCCUCCUCAUUUCCUUGGCUCUGUGUGCGGAUGCAGUGAUCGGGAACGUGCAGGAGAAAGCCAUGAAAAUCCACAACGGCUCCAAUUCUGAAAUGGUGCUGUACUCGUACUCUAUUGGUUUUAUCUACAUACUGGCAGGCCUGCUCUGUGUGGGUGGCCUGGGGCCAGCAGUAGCUUUCUGCUCAGAGCAUCCUGUAAAGACAUACGGUUACGCGUUCUUCUUCUCUCUUACGGGUUAUUUUGGGAUCUCCUUCGUUCUUGCCUUAAUCAAGCUAUUCGGUGCCCUUGUUGCAGUAACAGUGACCACGGGGAGGAAGGCCAUGACCAUCGUGCUUUCCUUCAUGUUCUUCUCCAAACCUUUCACUUUCCAGUACAUCUGGGGCGGCCUUCUGGUGCUCUUCGGCAUCUUCUUGAAUGUUUACAGUAAAAAUAAAGAUAAGAUGAAGCUCCCCUCAAUCAAGGACUUCAGGGGUUGGCUGCGAAGAGGGAAGAAAGUCCGAUUUCUCUCGCAGGACGUGUAGGAGGGACCCACUAGUGUGGCAGAAGUCCUGCGCAGGUGGACGGUUUCAGUCCGCUGCUCCAGGUGUGGUGUUCGCCCCUCGCUUUAUAGGAGACGCGCUGAAGCAUGGGCCUGAGCUAUGGGGGCUACUGUACCAUCAAUGCUGAGCCAAGGAUGGGUAUACAGGGUUUGACCUCCAAAUCAGCCUCUCGGCCUGCUGACACGAUUAAACUGUGGUUCAGGAAUUCCUGCAUCAUGUGUGUAAGUAGUGGGACAUCUGUAAGUGAAGUUUUCUGCCGCAAAAUGAAGGGAGUGUUAAAAAAAAGGGUUGUUUUUUUUUAAAGGGGGUUCAUGUGGGAUUUUCUAAAGCACCAUUUUAGAGCCCCACAAAAACAUUCCCAAGUCUGAAUAUGUCACUACAGAUAUAUACAACUCUAUCUGAACAUUUGCACUGAAACACUCUUAAGUCUCGAAUCGUGAAAAGUUCACACGAAACGUGAAACGGUAAAGAAAAGAACAGCUUCAUGUAAGAAUCAGUUAUCAUCCACCCCAAAAGGAUUACGUACUUUUUAAUAAAAUAACAUUUUCCUCCAAUUGUGCCAGACGGAUGGACCAAAAUGGUGCGUUACAGAGUUGAUAUCUUUGUAAAAGUGGCUUUUCUUUUUAACUUAUUGGUAAGUUGUAUCUGACUGCAAAUUUGAUUUGUGGUGUGUGUUCAUGUGAUGAUGUCUGGGGGAACAAGGUCAACUGCCAUUGUUUUGCUAAGCAUAUCUCUGGGUGGAAGGGUGUAAUUCUUACAAUAAAAUAUGUAUUUGCUAAUUGCA